AUGAAAUCGGUGGUCGAAGAAGUCUCAAAAGAGUGGGCACUCGAACCCGAACACGAGUUUAGAUUCGAGGUUGAUUUUGGCACAACGGUGAAAUUAAAGUUGAUCUCUGGCACAGCAGAGAUAUAUGGUACAGAAAUUGGAAUAGGUCCUGAGGGAAUUUGUAGUGUAGAAUAUGUCGCCAACGAGACACCGAUGACUAGUUAUCUCAAUAUGCACUUGGCACUCGAACAGUGUAGAGAAGAGGCCAAGAGCAAGGAUGAAAUGGGACCUCGGGUAAUGAUAGUAGGACCUGAAGAUGUCGGCAAAACUUCUUUGAGCAAAAUAUUACUUUCAUAUGCGUUUCGACAGGGCAGGCAACCUAUAUUCGUUGAUCUGGAUACCAACGAGGGUUCCAUUACAAUGCCUGGCACUUUAACCACGACCGUGAUUAAUCAGAUAAUAGAUGUCGAAGAGGGAUUUGGCUCCUCGACGACGACCUCCCCAUCAUUGGGUUCCUCGAUGAUCCCAGUAGCCUAUUACUACGGAUAUUCUGAUCCUGGGGAAAACGUCAAACUUUACAAAGUACUAACAGCAAAAUUAGCUCAAACAGUUAAACAUCGUGCGGCCAACGACGAAGAUGCUAAAGUUUCAGGAAUGGUGAUUGAUACCAGUGGAGAUCUAACAUCGAAUAUCUUUAUAGUGAACAUUAUCAUCGUCCUUGGUCACGAAAGAUUGUAUAGCGACAUGGCAAAACUCUACAAAGAGCAUCCCGAGAUUAGCGUCUUAAAAUUAGCUAAAUCUGGCGGGGCAAGAUCAUUGGCACCUUCUUCCGCCUUACCGAUUGGUAUCGACAGGAAGGUCAGCGAGACGCAGCUGGUGAAAGUGGAACCGGACGACCUGAUACGUCACUCGAUUUUGGCGCUCACAUCCUCUAACAGCGCUGACGAACACGAAUUGCUCGAAACGAAUAUAAUCGGAUUCAUACGCGUCUCCGAGGUCGACACGGUCAAACAGAAGAUGACCAUACUAACACCUUGCCCUGGUCGUUUACCGAAACAGUAUUUGAUAAUGGGCUCGUAUAAAUGGAUGGAAAGUUAA